UGUGAUGCCCCAGGUGGGCUCGGCUGCUCGGGGUUGCGAUGCCUUAUGUGGACCGACAGAAUCGAAUCUGCGGCUUCCUGGACAUCGAGGAGGCCGAGAACAGCGGCAGGUUCCUGCGCCGCUACUUCAUCCUGGACUCGGAGCAGGGCAGCCUGCUGUGGUACAUGGACAACCCCCAGAAUCUGCCUGAAGGUGCAGAGAGGGUGGGGUCCCUCAGACUCACCUACGUCUCCAUGGUCAGUGAUGCAACCAAACUCAGACCAAAGGCAGAGUUCUGCUUCGUUAUCAAUGCAGGGAUGAGGAAGUUCUACCUCCAGGCCAACGACCAGCAGGACCUGGUGGACUGGAUCAGCGCUCUCAACAACGCCACCAAGAUCACGGUGCCGAAGGCCGGAGAAGGUCAGGCUGCUCCGUCAGAGACUCAGGAACCACUGGGAACCUCCAAACAGUGCUCGUACAGGACGGAGAUCAUCGCAGGAGUCCCCGUCGUCACGGCCACUCAGGAGGCCUGAACGGCAGAGCGAGGCACGCCGUGAAGCGAGCUCAGCACACGCUGCCUACCUUCCCGAGGGGUUCAGAGCCGGUCAAUCAAGGCUGGGUUCUGCGUCAAACAAGGAGCCGUGAUGAAGACGUGGAAGAGGAGGUUCUUCCAGCUGGAUGAGAACAAUCUGAGCUACUACAAAUCUGAGCAGGAGAGGGAGCCACUGAGAGUCGUCCCCCUGAAGGAGAUCCUGAAGGUCCAGGAGUGCAAGCAGAGUGAGCUCAUGAUGAGGGACAACCUGUUUGAGAUGGUCACCACCUCCAGAACCUUCUACAUACAGGCCGACAGUCCAGAGGAGAUGCACAGCUGGAUCAAAGCCGUGUCCGGAGCCAUCGUAGCUCAGCGAGGCCCAGGACGCUGCGCGAACACUGAGCACAGUGACUCCUCCUCUAUCUUCUACUACUCCCUGGACGAGGAGCUCCAUCACCUGCAGCCUUCCUCCACCUCCUCCUCCUCCUGCUCCUCAGCGGCCACUCAGCCUCCGCCUGGACUCCCCCCAUCAGGACGGCUUCCUGGGCCUCCUGCCGUGGAGGCUGAGCGGCGUCCAGUCGGUGAUGGUGGCGCUGCCUCCGUCAGAGUGAAGGAGGAGGAGGAGGAGGAGGAGGAGGAGGAGGAGGAGGAGGCGUGGAGGCGUCUGAGGCCAGCCGAGAGCUCCGAGCUGCAGAUGACUCUGAUCUGAGGGGCCAGUUUUUAUACCAGUGAUCCUUAGGUUUCUAAAAGCAAAAGAAAAGCAGAUUAAUGAGUCGCUAAUUAAUUAUUAAUUCACUAAUGUUUGAUGUCAGAAACAAACCAGAGUCCGUUCGUCUUUAUCCUGUUUCAUGUUCAGCUUUGUGUCUGGUCUCCUCUCCCUGUGAAUCUCUCACAUGUCGUAGGAGCUCAUGAUUAGCAUGUAGCCAGCUAGCAUAGCAUUUAGCCAGCUAACAUGCUAACCAGGAGAAUCUUCAUUCAGCUCAUUACCUUCACCAAAAGUUCAGUGAGGAAACUUCUAAUUAAUGGAUUAUAACGUUUAUUGUUCAGACAGAAGCUGCGUUAAACCAGGUCGUUAUUAUUUAACAGGUUGAUUGACAGGUGACUGGUUGAUUGACAGGUGACUGGUUGAUUGACAGGUGACUGGUUGAUUGACAGGUGAUUGUGUAUCUAUGUUGAUGUUUUGUUUGUGGAUCUUUUUGUCCUCCUGGUUUUACCCUGAUCAUCAUUUUUACAUCGUGUUCUGUUCUGGAUGUUUCUGAUGUUUCUACGAAUAAGACGAGUGUGAUUCAAACACUGUGUUCUCUAUUUAUUAAAAAAUAUCUGAACAGA